CUUUCGGAAUCGACCAAAAUCGACAAACCCACCCCAAUCUUUACUCAAUCUUUACUAUCAACAGUGUGGCAAUUAUGGCCGGGGUCUCAAACAGUCACGCAAGGCUCGCUAGUCAAGGAAUCGUCAAGGAACCAGGCUGACAACUACUGCUUCGAGAAUACUAGACGAUCCAGAGGCACGGUUCAUCCUACGUUAUACCUUUACGGCUGUUACGGCUGAAAGGAUAGCUGUAGAUGCUGACAUGGCCUAGAACGAGAUUAGGAAAUGCCAUAUGGCAGUGUUCGAAAUAGGUUGGAUAGACCCAUCUCCAGCACAUCUGAUAUCGAGUAUAUGACAGCAUCGUAUGUUCCGCAAAAAAUAAUCAUCUGGCAACUUAUCACAAACACAAGUUGAUUUGACAGCGCAACAACUACUCCUCUAACUCGAGCCAUUCAUUCGAUCAUACCCGUCCCAUCAACAUAACGGGUCCUACACUUCUACUUCACCAUCAUCAAUGAACCACACUCGGACAUAGCCGCUCGUCAUCUCACUCAGAGAAGAACACUUGAUUGGUGUCUUGUAACAGCCCACAUCCCGCUGCCGUUAAACUAUAUCCUUUCCUUUCUUUAGAUUAGAUACCCCUUUAGACCAAUCCCCCCCAGUACAAUAUUCAUCAUGUCGGGCUACGCCGAUUACGCCGAGGAACCCAUUGCUGUCAUCGGCUCCGGCUGCCGCUUCCCCGGAGGCUCAUCCACGCCGUCGAAGCUCUGGGACCUCCUCAAGGCUCCUCGAGAUGUCGGUAGCAAGAUCGACCGUUUCUCGGCCGAAGCCUUCUACCACAAGGACGGUAGCCACCACGGCACCAGCAACGUGCUCAACUCUUACCUCAUCGAAGAUGACACCCGUCACUUCGAUGCCCAAUUCUUCAGCAUCCCCGGCUCUGAGGCUGAAGGCAUAGAUCCCCAGCAACGUCUUCUCAUGGAAGUUGUCUAUGAAGCCUUAGAGUCAUCGGGCCACCAGAUUGAGGAGCUGUCUGGCUCAUCCACCGCCGUAUACGUGGGUGUCAUGUGCAACGACUAUGCGCACAUCACCUACCACGAUCUUGAAUCUCUCCCCAAGUAUGCGGCCACAGGCACGGCUUCGAGUAUCCUGUCGAACCGUGUCUCGUACUUCUUCAACUGGACGGGUCCGUCGAUGACAAUCGACACGGCCUGCUCGUCCUCUCUCAUCGCCACGCACCAGGCUGUCCAAUCGCUCCGCAAGGGCGAGUCCAACCUGGCUGUCGCGGCAGGGGCUAACCUCAUCUUCGGCCCCACCAACUUUGUUGCUGAAAGUAACGUCCAAAUGCUUUCGCCCACCGGUCGCAGCCGCAUGUGGGACUCGGGUGCCGAUGGGUACGCUCGAGGUGAGGGUGUAGCAGCUGUUAUGCUCAAGCGACUCAGUGACGCUAUCCGCGAUGGCGACACCAUCGAGUGCAUUGUCCGCGAGACCGGUACCAACCAGGACGGUAGAACGACUGGUAUCACAAUGCCUAGCAGUGUCUCGCAGGCCGAGCUCAUCCGAAAGACAUACUCCAAUGCCGGUCUCUCUCCCUUGACUGACCGCUGCCAAUACUUCGAGGCCCACGGCACGGGUACCAAGGCUGGUGACCCACAGGAAGCCGGUGCUAUCUACAGAGCCUUCUUCGGCGAGAAGGAGGAAUCUAAUGACCCUAAUGAUGUGCUAUACGUCGGUAGCAUCAAGACCAUCAUUGGUCACACAGAAGGAACAGCAGGUGUUGCUGGCCUGCUAAAGGCAUCUCUUGCUGUUCAGAAUGGCAUCAUUCCUCCCAACAUGCUAUUCGAGAACCUCAACCCUGACAUCAAGCCUUACUAUGGUAAGCUUCAGAUCUUGACGGACGCAAAGCCAUGGCCUCAAUUACCUGCCGGAGUGCCUCGUCGUGCCAGUGUAAACAGUUUCGGUUUCGGUGGCGCCAACGCUCAUGCUAUCAUUGAGAGCUAUGAGCCCACAAUGGCCAAGCAAUACCUGGAAAAGAAGGGCCUUGUGCGACACUCCACUGCCGCCAUCCCCUUCGUCUUCUCAGCCAACUCCGAGAAGACUCUAGCCACUCAGAUCGAAACCUACCUUGACUUCUUAGAGAACGCCACCGACAGCGAUAUCAACCUCCGUGAUCUUGCUUGGACACUAUCGCGCAGAUCUGCUUUUGCCCUACGAACUCACGCCUCCGCUCUUACUCUUGAAACUCUACGAACCAAGCUCACUGCUAAGCUUGAGGCCAAGAAGAGCGACAACAAGGCUCUCGGUGUUCGUCCUGCGCACAAGACCAAGUCCAUCCUAGGUGUUUUCACUGGCCAGGGUGCUCAAUGGCCUCGCAUGGGCUACCAGCUUAUCGAGUCAUCUCCCUUCGCUGCCAGCCGCUUGCAAGAGCUCGAGGAUUCUCUCAACAGCCUUCCCGAGGGUGACCGCCCCGAGUGGUCUCUCAAGGAGGAGCUUUCCAAGGCUGCUGAUGUCUCCCGUGUCAUGGAGGGAACUUUCUCUCAACCCCUUUGCACUGCUGUGCAAGUCGUCCUUGUUGACAUGCUGGCUCGUCUUGGUGUUUCAUUCGACGUUGUCGUUGGUCAUUCCAGUGGUGAGAUUGCUGCUGCAUACGCUGCUGGCUUCCUCACUGCCUCUGACGCCGUUCGCAUUGCCUACUACCGUGGUCUAUACGGAAAGCUGGCUGGUGGCGCCGACAUUGGCCCAGGUUCUAUGUUGGCUGUCGGUACCUCCAUGGAGGAUGCCGCUGAGCUGGCUGGGCUUUCCACCAUGGCUCGCCACGGUCGUUUCACCGUUGCUGCCAGCAACUCUCCCGCUAGCGUAACGCUAUCUGGUGACAAGACUGCCAUCGACCGUGCUAAGUUUAUCUUUGAGGAUGAGAAGAAGUUCGUCCGAGCCCUCAAGGUUGACACUGCCUACCACUCUCACCACAUGGAGCCUUGUGCGGAGCCGUACAUGGACGCCAUGGCCCGCAUCGGAACUAAGGCUCUCGCCGGAAACGGCAAGUGCCGCUGGUUCUCAUCGGUUCUUGGUGGUGAAGAAGUCUCAGAUGCGAUGGCCGAUGUCCUGAAGGACUCUUACUGGCGCGACAAUCUUCUACAGCCUGUGCUGUUCUCUCAGGCACUGCAGAAGGCCCUCGAGACUGUCGGCACCCCUGCUUUGGCUCUCGAAGUCGGUGCUCAUGCCGCUCUCAAGGGACCUGCCAGCCAGGUUCUCGAGGAGGUCACUGGAACUGAGGUUCCUUACUCUGGUGUCCUUGCCCGAGGCUCUAACGACAUCGAGGCAUUCUCUGAGGGUGCUGGUGCUGUCUGGGCUCACAUCGGUAACUCCGCUGUCAACAUUAGCGAGAUUGAUGCUCUGUUUGCUUCUGUUGAAAGCGACAAGCCUGAGCUUCUGAAGACCAUCCCUGGUUACGCUUGGGAUCACAGCCAGGUAUACUGGGCUGAAUCUCGUCUAUCUAAGGCUAUGCGAUUCCGGCCAUCUAGCCAACACGAGCUUCUCGGUGUGCGCCUUGAGGCUGGUGAGAACGUUUUCCGCUGGCGCAACUUCAUCAAGCCGGGUGAGCUAUCCUGGCUUCGUGGUCACCAAAUCCAGGGUCAGACCAUCUUCCCUGGUGCCGGAUUUGCCAGCAUGGCUAUUGAGGCAUCUAGAAUCCUCGCAAAUGAGAACGAUGAGGAGGUUUCUCAGAUUGAGCUUCAGGACCUGACCAUCCAGCGUGCUGUUGGGUUCAUGGAUGAGACCAUCGGCGUCGAAUCCCUCGUGUCUUUGUCCAACUUCCACCACGACCAAACAGCCCGUCUCAUUACUGCUGACUUCGUCUGUGAGACCUGCCCGACCAAGGACGCAGCCCCCAUUACCACUUCAACUGCUAAGGUUACUCUCCGUCUUGGAUACGGCUCUGAUGACACGCUGCCCCCACGAGACCCCAGCCAGGACAAGAAGAAGAUGACUGAUAUUGACACUGAGAUCUUCUACAACUCUCUCGCUAAGCUUGGAUACAACUAUAGCGAGAUGUUUGAGGGUGUCACCUCCCUGCGACGCGCUACUGAGCAGGCAUCUGGCACGAUCCACAUUGAUGCUGCUGAGAACUACCAGACUGAGCUGGCUGUCCACCCCGCGCCUCUUGAUGUUGCCUUCCAAGGCAUGUUCGGCGCUAUCGGUGCCCCUGGUGACGGUCAACUCUGGACUUUAAUGGUCCCUACUGUCAUCCGCUCAAUCCGAAUCAACCCGUACUUGAGCGAGAAGACUUCCUGCCUUGGAACUGACCUUCCUUUCGAUGCCAGUGUUACUAUUGACCCGGCUUCCCAUGAGGUUGCUGGUGAUAUUGAUGUCUUCGACUCUGAGGGUAACGCUCUUCUGCUAAUUGAGGGUCUCCACGUUACCCCUGUUACCCAGGUAACGGCCCAGGCCGAUACUCAGAAGAUGACCGAAACUGUCUGGGGUAUUGAGAAGCCUAACGCAGCCCGCAAAUUCGCUGAGUUCUGGAAGGCUGGUGCUAACUGGACUGAGGAUGCUGAGUUCUUUGAACGUGCUUGCUUCUACUACAUGAAGAAGUUGUACGACUCCAUCACUACCGAGGAGCGCGAAGAGCUUGCUUGGCACCCUAAGAAGUACCUUGCUUGGGUUGAAUCAGUUAUCAAGGAGGCCGCUGAAGGCACCCACGCAACUAUCAAGAAGGAGUGGCUCAAUGACACUGCCGAUCUAGAGGAGCGCAUUAACAAGUUCGCUAAGUCUAACCAGGGCUUCCGUCACCUCAAGACCCUUGGCAAGAAUCUUGUCCCAUUCGUGCGCGGAGAAGUCGCCCCUCUUGACACUAAGUUGAUGGACCAUGUGUACAGGAACAGCUUUGGUAGCACCGAGUACAACGGCUACGUCGCUGACCUUGUCAGCCAACUCGCUCACAAGUUGAGAAACAUGGAGAUCCUCGAGCUCGGUGCUGGAAAGGGCUUCGUUACUGAGGCCGUCAUCAACGCUCUUGGCGACAGCUUUGGCUCUUACACCUACACUGACCUCACCGCCGACAACUUCGACUACGCAUCUGAGGUUUUCAGAGAGCGAGCCGAGAAAUUUAUUUACCAGACUUUCGAUGUUGAGCAGGAAGCACCGGCUCAAGGCAUUAUUGAGGGCGGAUACGACCUUGUCAUUGCUUCUAAGGGCCUUCACGCCACUGCUGAGCUUGAGAAGACGCUUUCUAACGUUCGCAAGCUCCUUAAGCCCGGUGGACAGCUUCUACUUCUUGAGUUCACCGACACUAGCGCUGUUGCACCGUCUUACAUGUUCGGCACUCUAGCUGACUGGUGGGUCGGCGAGGCUGAUGGAAGACUGCACCACCCUCUGGUCCCGCAACAGGGCUGGGAUGCCCUUAUGCGCAAGACCGGCUUCUCGGGCAUUGACACUGCUACUCCCGAGACCAACUGGUACGGUGUUCCUCUGAGCAUCAUGCUGACCCAGGCUGUCGACGUCCAGAUGAAGCUCAUCCGCCAGCCUCUUGAGGCUGAAGCUGAUUUGAUCAAGCUGCCCAAGCUGCUCGUCGUCUCCGGCGCGAGCGAGUUCUCUGCCAAGGUGCAGGCUGAUACCCUCGCCGCCAUUGAGCCAUAUGCUUCUGAGGUUCAAAUCAUUGAGCGCUUCGAGAACCUCCAAGAAAGCGACUUCGGUCCCAAGCAGCUCGUGCUCGUCUUCACCGAACUUGACGAGUCUGUCUUCCACCCCUUCACUGAGGCCAAGUGGACCGCUAUCCAGCUUCUCACUGAGAGAGCUCUUAACGUGCUAUGGCUGACUCACGGUGCUGGUGUUUACAACGCUUUCAGCAACAUGAUGGUCGGUGUAGGACGAUGCAUGGUUCACGAGAAGCCUGACCUGCGCCUACAGUUCAUCGACUAUGCCGAAAGGGCUAAGGUCGAUGCCAAGUAUGUCGCCGAGACUCUGCUUCGAAUGCAUGUUGCCAGCACCUGGAAGUCUUUCGCUACUCCCUACGUCCCAUCUUGGGUCAUGGAGCGAGAAAUCCGUGUCAUUGAGGAGAAGCCGACCAUCCCGCGAUGCAUUCCUUGCAUUCGCCUGGACAACCGUUACAACUCGUCUCGUCGCACCAUUCGCAACGAAGUACCUCUUAAUGGUACUGUUGUCUCUGUCGAGACUCAGGCUGGUGUUUCUGAGCUGCGUGAGGUUCACACUCCUGCCUGGGCUGUUACCUCUAAGGAAGGCUAUGUCGACAUUAAGGUGCACCGCUCUUCUCUGGCUGCCUUGACCAUCCCUUCAGUUGGUUCUCUCUACCUCAUCGUCGGUCGCCUAACUGCUGGUGACAAGAAGGUUCUCGCUCUUUCUGAGACUCAGCGAUCAAUUGUCUCUGUUCCUAAGAGCUGGACCAUCCCGGUCGAUGUCUCUGAUGAGCAAGACACUAGCCUCCUUGUGGCUGCUGCUAACGUCGUCUUGGGGGGCUUCAUCCUAUCUGGCACACCCAAGGGUACUUCUCUCCUUGCCCACGAGCCUACCAGCCUUGCCGCCGCAGUCCUUAAGGACCUUUCCGUGCGCCGCAACAUUGAAGUCAGCUUCACCACCUCCAACAAGGACCACGCUGAGGGUGUUCAAUACGUUCACCCCUCUGCUCAAAGGCGAACCAUCCAGAGCAUUAUUCCUCGCACUCUUUCCAGCUACUUGUACUUCUCCGAUGCCGAGGACUCCGCUCGCAUUGGUGCCCGUAUCGAAUCGCAGCUUCCCGCCAGCGUCCGUCGCCUGAACCUCGCAAACGGUUUCAGCGACAAGGCCAUCGUCGAGCCCCAAUCAAGCAUUGAGACAUCCUCGGAUCUGCUCCAGCAGGCGCGGGACUUCUUCGAGUCACACGCAGCCACGCUAGACACAACUGAGCGCGUCGAAGAGCUUGUUCUUGACCUUGUGCCCGGAUAUGAACGCAACGCCGAGGACUCCACUUUCGUUGUCGCCAACUGGACCUCGCAGAAGGCUGCUUCCGUCAAGCUUGCCCCGCCCGAGAACGUCGUCCAAUUCCGAUCUGAUAAGACUUACUGGCUUGCUGGUCUUACUGGUGAGCUUGGUCUGGUCCUUGCUCGAUGGAUGGUCCAGCGUGGUGCUCGUCACAUCGUCAUGACUUCGCGAAACCCCAAGCUCAAUGAGGAAUGGCUCAAGAGCAUGAAGGCUGCCGGUGCUAACAUCGUUGCCCUUCCCAUGGAUAUCACUUCAGCUGAGUCUGUGCUUGAGACUUAUGCCAUCAUCAACCAGACCUGCCCUCCCAUUGUCGGUGUCUGCAACGGUGCCAUGGUGCUCAACGACCAGUUGCUCGCCUCUCAACCCUAUGAGGACUUCAACGCUACAAUCCGACCCAAGGUGGAAGGUACCCGACACUUGGACGCUCUCUUCCAGCAACCCACUCUCGACUUCUUCAUUGUCUUCUCUUCCCUUGCCUGGUUGACUGGUAACAUCGGUCAAUCCAGUUACGCAUCUGCUAACGGUUUCAUGGCCGGCACUAUGGAGAACCGUCGCCGCCGUGGUCUUGCCGGUUCCGUCAUGAACCUUGCUGGUAUCUACGGUAUUGGUUACAUCACUCGUCGUGAGGCCACUCUCAUGGAUCGUCUUGAGAAGAUGGGUUACUCCAACAUCUCUGAGUGGGACUACCUCCAAUUCUUCGCUGAGGCCGUCCUUGCUGGCGGUGCUGAUUCUCCCGCUGAUACCUGCUGGGAUAUAUCUUCCGCCGUUAAGCCUGGUGACCCAGAUGCCGAGAACCCUCCCCCAUGGUUGGAGGUUCCCCGAUUCUCCUACUUCAAGAAGGUUAAGGCCCGCACUGCUGGUGGCGAAGAAGGUGGAUCCGCCUCUGUCAGGUCGCAACUUAAGGACCAGACCACUAUGGAAGGUGUUAAGACAGUACUACUUGCUGGUCUUAUUGGCACUCUAUACAAACUCUUGGGCAUGCGCCCUGAGGAUAACAGCAUCUCGCCUAACAUGUCGCUCAUCGAGUUGGGUAUCGACUCGCUUAUGGCUGUCGACAUGAGAUUGUGGUUCACACGCGAAUUGGAUCUCGAUUUGCCUGUGCUCAAGCUACUGGGUGGUGCCUCAGUCGAAGACAUGAUCGAGGACACCGCAGCUCGUAUAUCACCCGAGCUUAUCCCCAACGUCAUCGACGCUGGAGGCGCCAAGGAGGACGAAGACUCCAACAAGGAGGACACCGAGUCGAACGCAAGCGGAGAGAACACUCCCGACUCAGUGCUAAGCGACUCGGAGCUCGGCGUCGACUCUCUGGUAACAACACAACCACAGAGCUCGGCGGUGUCCGACAACGGAAAGAAUUAAAAAUAUCAACAAAAACAACAAAAACAAAUGGG